UGCUGACGUCAGCGCGUUUACAUCUUACUCUUCGCGGCUUCUUAAAUUGCCAGAGUCUGUGGGCUGGAGCUAGCGCCCGCUGGGGUGUUGUGCUCCGGCUUGGCUUUAUCUAUCUAUCCAUUUAUUUAUUUAUUUAUUUUUUAAAAGCCCGAGGUUCUCUGGAGAAGGGCGGCAGCUCUCAGCCAAGUUUUCGACUCACGGGUUCAAGAUGAACAAAGUGUGCGCUAUUUUUGGAGGUUCCCGGGGUAUUGGCAGGGCAGUAGCCCAGUUAAUGGCCCAGAAAGGCUACCGACUGGCGAUCAUCGCCAGAAAUCUGGAAGUGGCCAAAGCCGCCGCAGGUGACCUCGGCGGAAAUCAUUUAGCAUUUAGCUGUGAUGUUGCUAAAGAACAUGAUGUUCAAAAUACAUUUGAAGAGAUGGAGAAACAUUUAGGUCAAGUAAAUUUUUUGGUAAAUGCAGCUGGUAUUAACAGGGAUAGUCUUUUAGUAAGAACAAAAACCGAAGAUAUGAUAUCUCAACUUAAUACUAAUCUCUUGGGUUCUAUGCUGACUUGUAAAGCUGCCAUGAGGACUAUGAUUCAACAACAGGGAGGGUCUAUUGUUAAUGUAGGAAGUAUUAUCGGUUUAAAAGGCAAUUCUGGCCAGUCUGUGUAUAGUGCCAGUAAAGGAGGAUUGGUUGGAUUUUCACGUGCACUUGCUAAAGAGGUAGCACGAAAGAAAAUUAGAGUGAAUGUAGUUGCACCAGGAUUUGUUCACACAGAUAUGACGAAAGACCUGAAAGAAGAACAGUUAAAGAAAAGCAUUCCUCUUGGAAGGUUUGGAGAAACCAUUGAGGUGGCACACGCAAUUGUGUUUCUUUUAGAAUCACCAUAUAUUACAGGACAUGUUCUAGUAGUGGAUGGAGGGUUACAACUUGUGGUAUAAUUUAGAGAUUGUUCAGUUAUAAUGGUGAUUAGAAUCAAGUCACACUUUAGCUAUUGAUUAGACAAUCAUACUACCUGGUGACACUUGCUAAUCAAACCUACUGAUGCUACCAAUGUUGAUUUCCUUCUUUAUAUAAAUGUUUGAAAAGAACAAUGUGUGCCCAAUUGGUUUAUCUAAAGGGUAUGAAUCAUUUAUAUUAGCUACCUUUAUAGGCCAUAUCAAAUUUAGUAUAUAGACAUUUUGUAAAGGACAUAAUAUUUGUUUUGCCUCAAAAAUGGAAAAAUUAUAUUGUAUAAUUGUGAUGAAUAAUUUCAUUGUAUCAGGCUGAUUUUUCUAGAAGUUAACUUAAAAUAAGAAUUUCCAGAACAUUGAUUUGUUGUCAGUACUUUAGCAAAUUUGCUAAAGUUAAACAUUGUAUUGUUUUACAUAUGUUUAGGCAAUCAAUUUUUUAUAUGGGUUGGAAAAAAUAGUAUCAAUUAGACAAAGACAUGAAUUUAGAGUUGAUUUCUUAGAGCAGUAUUACUCUUGGUUGAACAGCUGGACAAAAUAACCUGUAAAUUUAAAUGUGGUGCAAGUGGCUUAUUUUGUAGAAAUUCCCAGCGGUAAUGAGGACCAGUCCUUAAGGUUUUAAUAUCUGGUACAGUAAUGAGCUGCAUGGAUUUCAUGAAUUUAGGCAGUGUUUUUUUUAACCUACAAAAACUCAGUAUAGUGAGUUACUUAAAAAUAAUUUAAGCUUUUACAAGGGUUCCUGGAACAAAUUUGUACCAAACCAGCAGCUUCAGUUGCCAUAGUUCUCUUCAGUUCCUGGAUGUUUCUCGUGGCCAAAAAUGCACUAAACCGUCUCCAAGUUUGAACAUCCAGCAAACAAUGGCAAGACAGAGCACCUGAUUUCCAGACAAAUAUGGUAAUGUGGUAUUAACUAUUAGAGCUGUGUGGACACACAUAGACACACAAAUUGGAAUAGAAAGGAACCUGUCCCCUGUUGGCUGAGUCAUCCCAAAGGAAUGGAGAGAUCAGUAAUUAUGCCAACUUAUAAUUGAUGCCAAGUAAAAGCACUGUGUACCUAUUAUACCUUUGGCAUAUUGAAGAAAUAAAGUACACUUGAAACAUUAAAAAAGAAGUUUAGGAAACUUAACAUUAUGAGCAUUUUGUAUUGUGAAUAUAACAAUGAUCCUUACCCUAGUAUUUUAGAAAGGUGUAAUGGCCAAUUUGAAUUGUCAACUUGAUUGGAUUAAGAGAUGCAAGAAUUAAAGAGUGUGUUGAUAAGGGUGUGUCAAGGAGUGAUUGGCAUGUGGGAUGGCCAACUGAAAUGGAGACCCUCCAUAAGCAUGGGCAGCACCUUCCAAUAGGAUGAGGCUUGGAUGAAAUGAAAGUUGGAAGAACAAGGAAGCAACAGCAGAUGCAAACUGGAUUCUUCUUGAAUGGGUUCUUGAUUGCUGCUGUGAUGUCUGAGGAUCUCUCUUGCUUUUUCACUCUUCCAAGUGAUCUCUACCAGUGAUUCUCCAGGGAAUUUCCAGAAGCCUUCCAUCUCAGACUAGCAUAGAACCAUUGAUUCCUCUUGUUCUGUGGCUUCAGCUUCUUGGACUGUGUAGCUACUGGUUCUUCCAGCUCUCCAGCCUGCAAACAGCCAUUGUGGACUAUCCAGCUUCUGUUUGUGUAAGCCAACCUAAUGAGUCCCCCUUUUAAAAUUAUACUUCCUGUUGAUUCUGUUCCUCUAGAGAACCCUGACUAAUAUAAAAGGUAAUAAAUAAUUACUCAUAAGUAAUCAUAAAAUAUUUUAAAUAUAUUUGCAGUAACAAUGAGUUAAAUGUCUUUACAAGAAACAAAGCAAUAGUCUUGAAACAGAGUGUUUGCCUGGGCAUAGAGAUAAAGAUAUGAAUUGAAUGUAAAAUAUAAAGUAACAUCUUUUUUGCAUUGAACUCUUGGGAAUAAUGCAGAUUUCAGUGUCACUAGGUUCAUGUUUUUAUUUAUCAUUUUUCAAAAUGUUUUAAAUGUUGCAUUCCAGAGUAAUUGUCAUAAUUAUCUAAUAGCUUUUUUAAAAUAGGUGAAUAUUAUCUAAGAAUUAUGUUGAAAAUUAGUGCAAAAAAUGAUUAAGAUGUACUAAUAAAUUCAGAGUAAUAGUA